AUGGCUAUUGAUUGCAAAUUUGUUCCUUACUUGAGCUGCAGACCUAGUAAAGAGAUAGUGUUUCCAUUCCGUGCAACUGAAAAGGUUACCAAAUUCAAGCUCUCACCUGGCAGGUUUCCUUUUUUAAUAUCUUCUUCAUCUUCACUUUGGUUGCGGCCAACAGUCAUCUCUGCUGCCGCCUAUAAGAAAGAUGUGGAGGAGUCUGAGGAUACCUUCAGAUUAACUUACUUGGAGGGGAAUAGCUGGUUGUGGGAAGUGGGAGGAAUCAAAAUUCUGGUUGAUCCAAUCUUGGUGGGUAACUUGGAUUUUGGAAUUCCUUGGUUAUAUGAUGCUGCCAAAAAAGUUGUCAAGAAUUUUCAGAUUGAUGACCUUCCAUUAAUACACUGCUUACUCAUUACACAAAGCCUUGAUGAUCAUUGCCAUCUCAACACAUUAAAGCCUCUCUCCCGCAAGUUCCCAAACCUCACUGUUAUAGCUACUCCAAAUGCUAAGACACUGCUUGAUCCUCUUUUCACCAAUGUCAUCUACUUGGAACCUGGCCAGGAUUCUGAGAUUGAAGUGAGCAAUGGCUUCCAGGUUAAAAUUGAGGCUACUGCAGGGCCAGUUCUUGGACCUCCUUGGAAGCGACCUGAGAAUGGAUAUAUUGUCACUUCUCCAAAAGGUGCUCUUACUCUCUACUAUGAACCCCACUGUGUCUAUAACAAGACCUUCUUAGAGAAAGACAAGGCAGACAUUGUUAUCACUCCUGUCAUAAAGCAACUUCUACCAAAUUUUACAUUGGUUUCCGGACAAGAAGAUGCAGUUCAACUUGCAAAAUGCCUUUCUGCCAAGUUUGUUGUGCCGAUGAAGAAUGGUGACCUCGACAGCAAAGGGCUUCUCGCUAGUAUUGUAAAAUCUGAAGGAACAAUUGAAUCAUUCAAGCAACUUUUGUCAAAGGAACUACCAGAUGCAAAGGUACUAGAACCUAUUCCUGGAGAACCACUGGAUAUCUCAAUAGCUGUACACGGACAAUAAGAGGAGUCAUGUUU